AUGGAUGAUAAAGUCAAUAAGCGGGAAACUUGGAGCAAGACGAUCGACUUUGUUCUUGCGCUCGUAGGGUUCUCUGUUGGACUGGGAAACAUUUGGCGCUUCCCGUACCUUUGCUAUAAAAAUGGUGGAGGUGAGUGUAGAUGGCGUGACGGUUGAUGAUGAUUACUGUAAAUUUACUUAUAUUAUGUAAGUGCUGGUGCUUUUGAUAAUCUGGCGAAACUUCAUUCGUUUCCAUUUGAAUAUGUUCGAAUAAAGCGUGAAGGAGCAACUGCAGAAUACCUUGCCACUUUGGUCCACCUCAUUUAUGCGUCGGGACGCUUCUAAGAUUGAAGCAUAACACAACAAACUGUAUUCUUAUUCAAUGACGCGUAAAUGAGUGGCAGGGUAUUCUGCAGCUUAGCCAGCUUGAAAAAAAUUUACAGUUCGUAAAAUAUAUCUUUGGUCAACCUUGUUUUGACAUCCAUUUACCAAAUUAUACUGAGAUGCUUCCGUCCGUGCGUCACCCACGUCAAGGCCAUCCACGUGUCUCACAAGGAAUCGGCUAUAAACUUUGUUUUAUUAGAUUUGAAAAUUUUAUCUAGUGGCCUCGUGAUGUGCUUAACAAUGAAUCUGAAAAAUUUUUUUUUUCUUUCUAGCUGAAACCAAAUGAGAAAGCGACUAAUCCCAUCGGUCAAACUUGUUUUGAGCGGCUCCAUUCACCACUUUAAAUUAACGAACCUUUAUCCGUGCGUCACUCAGGUCAAUGCCUCGUGCCUCAACACUCGGCUGCAAACUUUAUUCAAUUACAUUUGAGAACUUUGUGUAGACACCUAAUGAUGUACCUGACACUGAAUUUGAAAACUGUUUCAUUUUUCUCUUGCUGAGAGCAACUAACAUAUUUCCAUGACUUAAGUAUAGUGUUAGGAGCGAUCGAACAAUCGUUUAAGAAUCUUUAAAGACCACAAUACAACUAGUACUUAUGCAAAACAGUGACGUCUUUGAAACUUCUGAGGGCCGGUAUUUUAGUACAUUAUCAAUCUCCUUCUUUCUAUAAGCUUGAAAACAUUUCUUUUCGUUGUCAGGGACAAAAAUCUAAAUGCUUUUGCAUGCAUGGAAAAAUACAAAUAUGCAGAUUUUAAAGGAAACCACCCUAGACCAUUCUACACUGCUUCCAUUUUGAAACAGUUAAGAUGUAAUUUUUCCAGCUCUUUCUGAAUAUAUUUAAUUUUCCUUUUGUUUUGAUGGUCUUUACCUCGAGUGAUUUAUCGUCGGUUUAUGAUCAAAAAUUGCGUCGACAACGAAGCAGACCAAUGUACAUUAUUUGAGAAUUAUGGACAGCAAGUUUUUAUUUACAAUUGAACAUUAUUUGCUGAUUCAAACGCAAUGAACAGGUUUUCGUUAAGAGGUGCACUUGACGACGGAAGCCUCCGGCUGAUGUGUUUUCCACUGAGUUGUAAUUCGUUCUUGAUUCAUUAUCCAAAUUCUGUUUUGUUUGCAUGUGUUACCGGGUACCUCAUGUAGGAUGUUUUCUGAUCCCGUACCUAAUUUGCCUCGUUUUUGCUGGUGUACCUGUUCUCAUCCUGGAAGUUUGUCUGGGACAGUUUGCAAGUCAAGGUGGAAUUACAGCAUGGCUUAUAUGUCCACUUUUUUCAAGGUUUGUUUUAAUCAGUUAAAAUGUAUGUAAUAGUUCAGUUCUAUUGUUGAUUUUUGUCCCAUUGGAUGUGGCAAACGAUUAUCAAGAAAUCAUGAUUAUAAUUUUUCUCGUAACUCUGUUAAAGAUAAUGAAUAAAGACUGUAAGUUUCUAAAGGAAACUGUGGUGCUGUGUCGGUAAGUUUGGGCGGGGGAGAUAUCCCGAUAUAAUUUGGUCCUAUAAGCUGAGUUUAUGAUGAAAAUGGCCACCGUAGAGAGAUUUUAAGGUAAAGAGAUUCUAACGUUACGAGCAUCAGGCCCCAUUUACCAUAAAUGUUUAAAGAAGCGAAGUAUUACCGAUACCUGACCAUUAAAUAACGUGAAAAUAGGUCACAUCAAUAGCAAUUCGAGGGAACAGAAGUAAGAUUGGUUGAUGUAACAUUUUAAAUACCUUUUAUCGUGUUCUUGAUUGCCGACAUCUUGCCAGCACUAAGUUAGACGAUUACCUUGAUUAACGAUUUUCAAGUUGUACUCAAGAGAAUAUCGUCAGUUCAUAUUUUCCUGUUGUCCUACAUUAAACCGAGCCUGGACAGUUUUCCGCCGUUUGUUCGCACUAGGUCUUCCAUUCAGUUUAACAGAAAGUGAGAAUGUAAGGGAGGAAAGAUAUACGUACGAUCAGGCAUUUUCUUUUACCUUUGCUGCUUUUUGUCGGUGAGAUGAUGCUUUCAUGAGAGACUGGUAAGAUAUGAAUAUGAAAACGAUCUUGGCAGUAACGAAAUUCAGGCCUGUACGGAAUUUGAACCCGUGACCCCUGCGAUACCGGGUUUAUUACGAACAACAACUUGCAGUGAAUAUAUUUAAAAAAUAGAUUCCAAGUUGCCGUGUGUCUGUUCAGUAAUAGAUCACAGAUGACGUCAAAAUGUGGUAAGAACAAAGAAGUGGCGCACGAGGCACAGUAUGCAACUUGGAAUCUAUUUGUUUUAUAUAAUAAAGAAUUAAAAUAUACGGAAAAAGUUUUAAUGGUGGCGUCAUCUAUACGUUUGUCCUCCAAUAGAUCAUAAGUAAGAAUCAAUCAGAAUGCGUGCAUAACUGAGCUUAUAUAUAUAUAUAUAUUAUAAACAUUUGAAUUUUGAUUCCAUUGUAGGUAUUGGAUGGGCAAGUGUCAUCAUCGUUCAGUUUUUAAACAUAUAUUACAUCGUCAUCCUUGGCUGGGCUCUGUUUUACAUGUUCGCAUCUUUCCAAUCCGAGCUUCCUUGGUCUCGCUGUGGCAAUGAUUGGAACACACCGAAUUGUGUUGACUAUGUCACAUCUGAAAAAGGCUCCAGUAUAGCCAAUACCACAGUCAUACCAACCGUAAUGGCGAACAUGUCGAACAUGUCAACAGUACCAACUGCUGUGGCAAAGGCAGCUAGAGUGUCUGCGAGCGAGGAGUAUUUUGAGUGAGUGAAGCUGUAAGGUAGUUUAAUAUUAACUCUUUGACUUCUAAGAGUGACUUAUUACCCCUGACUCAAACAGUUAGGUCACGAAAAUUUUUAAAAAAUGAUCACCAACUAAAGAAACUCUAUUGUUAAACAAAUUUUCCUUAUAAGCACUUUAACAAAUGUUUAGAGAACAGUAUGCAUUAUAUGUAAAAAAGUUAUGGGCAGCGUCCCGAUGUUUUAAGUUUAUUUAUUAUGGGGAACAAGAGUACCUUGUACUCGAAACUAGUCGAUCAGUCGGUAAAUCGGCCAGUUGGUCAGUCGGUCUGUCAUUCAUUUAGUAAAUCAGCGGGUGGGUCAAUUAGUUUGUUAGUCAGUCAGUUGGUCGGUUAGUUGGUUAGUUAGUCAGUCGGUCAGGCGGUUAGUCGGUUGGUCAGCUAGUCGGUCACUUGUUCAGUUGGUCUGUUGGUCAGUCGGUCAGAUGGCCAGUCAGCCAGUCAUCCAGCCAUCCAGGCAGUCAUCCAGGCAGUCAUCCAGCCAGUCAUCCAGCCAGUCAUUCAGCCAGUCAGCCGGUCAGUCAGCUGGUCAGUCAGGCAGUCAGUCGGUCAGUCAGCUAGUUUGUCAGUUGUUCAUUCGGUCUGUUGGUCAGUCGGUCAGUUGAUCAGUCGGUUGGUUUGUCAAGCAGUCAGUCGGUAAGUCAGCUGGUUGGUCAGUUGUUCAGUCGGUCUGUUGGUCAGUUGGUUAGUCGGUCAGUCAGUUGGUUAGUCGGUCAGCCAGUUGGUCAGUUGUUCAGUCGGUCUGUUGGUCAGGAGGUCAGUUGGUCAGUUGGCCAGUCAGUCAGUCAGUCAGUCGGCCGGUGGGUCAGUUGGUCAGUCAGUUGGUCGGUCGGUCAUUCAUUUAGACAGGGAAGAUAACUAUUAUUAUUUUUAUGCAGAGUAUCAUCAAUUUGAACAAUUGAACAAAUAUAUCUAGUAGGCGGGUUCAUAAGUCAACCGAGCCCCGCGAUGAUUACCAACUACACUACUUACCUCUCUCCAGACAUAGAGUUUUAAAGCUGAGCACUGCUUUGGAUGAACCCGGCAUAGUGAACUGGGAAGUAGCUUUGUGUCUCUUGUUGGCUUGGAUAAUCUGUUACCUCUGUGUUUUCAAAGGUGUCAAAUCCACAGGAAAGGUGAGGGAGCUGUAAUCUUAACAUUUUUAAAUUUCUUGCUCUCUUAGGUUGCCCAACACGGAGAGAAUUAUGUUGUUGAGUGAAGUUUUCUUCCGAGUUUAAGGGACUUUUAAAUUCUAUUCACUUCUCUGAGAAAAUUUCCAUUAUAGGAAACGUAUCUAACUUUUUGUUUCUAAUUGACGUUCUUACAAUCUCCUUUACCGAUGAAACUCCCACAAGAGCUUCCUCGAGAACUGAAUUUUUAUUAUCCUUCACUAAAAGCUAAAUUCGAAAGGGUCAAGGAAUAUCUAAAUUAUUUUCGAUCUUUUAACUGGCACUUCUUUCUGGCCCUUUAUACAUAUUCUUUAACCCAAAUAAUUUCUUAGGAUAAUCUUAACACAGUUAAUUUAAACUUAUGCUUUUUUCCCCUUGUCACCACGAUGAAUCGAACCUCAGACCUACGCGUUCUGAUACUCAACCUCUGAUCUUCGACUGACAAAAACUCUUCAUUUGACCCUGAUGAUGACUUCGGCUUAGGUUGUCGAAACGUAAGUCACUUCUACCGACAACAUUCCUUCUCGGGACUACCCACACCAAGACGAUUAAAAACCGCACGUUCAAAUGUUACAUCUGGGUUCAAACCAUUUACUAUACAGACAACAAUAUUGGCAAAUAUAAUUAGCUAACAACAACAGCUCAAUAAAAAAAAAACAACAACAAACAAACAUACGGACAGGGAAAGGAGCUUAUCAAACACUGAAACUCUGAUUGGAAACUCCAUUAUUACAGAAAUGAUAUAUUUCACAGGUUGUCUACUUCACUGCUACAUUUCCUUAUGUACUUUUGACGAUUUUGCUCGUUCGAGCCGUCACUUUACCUGGUGCUGCUGAAGGGAUCAAGUUUUACCUCACUCCAAAUUUUACUCGACUGGCUGAUGGUCAGGUGAGAAAUGGUGAAUAAAUUGUAAAAAUUGAAUGAACCAAUUCAAAAAAUAUAUUUUUUUUAUUAUUUAUGAACUCCAAGCUUUAAGAGGGUCUUAAUGGGUUAGGCGUAAAAAAUUGACAAUUUUGGACCGUUAUUCGUAAAAAAUGUUAACCGUGAACAUUAUUUUUAAUCGCAACUGGAAAAAGAUUGACUGUUAGCUAUUAAUGAGCCAAAAUUUUAACUGUUAGCCGUGAAAGCUAUUACCCUAUUGAGACCUACCUUUAAGUUAAAUUUUACACUUGGUCAAUUAUUUACUCAUAGUUUUUCUUGAAACUCGAAGGUGUGGCUUGAUGCUGGAACGCAAGUGUUUUUUUCAUAUUCUAUUGGACUUGGAACGUUGAUUGCCCUCGGGAGUUACAACAGAUUCCAUCACAACUGUUACAGGUUAGAAAACACAAGAAAAUUUGCCUGGUCUCUUUGCGUGAGAGUGUCGCCUCUUGUCUACUUGGUGACGUUUCGAUAACCUUUCCACAGUUCUAGCUGAGAUAUUAUGGCCGUGUUUGUAUGAGAUUACAUUUAGCGAAAUUGAGCUUUCAAUCAGCAAAUUUGCUCACGUUUUAAAAACUCGAUGCUGCCUUGGAGAAUCCAAUUUAAGAAUACAGUGACGCCAUUGGUAGAAUUUUAUGAUGAAAGAGUCAAAGGGGUCGAACACCUGUAUCUAUUUAAAACACAAUUACUAAGUAUUUCACGAUAGCGCGGUUUUCAGCUGGUCUUAGAUUGCUUUGCAUAAGUCUUCUUAACUUUGCCCCGUAAUUGGUCUAAAAACUCUCUCACCACUUUGAUCAAUCAAAUGCAAAACUAAAGCCAAUCUCAACUUGGUUACUUGCUUUUUCCGCGCUUUACGCAGGGUGCCUGAUUUUAUUUUGAGUUCCCAUUCGUUCAUGAUGAUUCGACCCUUGUUCUGAUUGGUUUCUGUGAUCACUUGGGUUUUGGUUUUCGGCCCUCAAUUGAAAACUGCUCUAAACAAUUAAAUUCUGAAUUAAUAAAAAGCGGAUGUCUUGUUAUUUAGCGAAAAUUUGUGUCAAACAUUUUAACUUAACAAUUAAUGCCAUUUCUCGCACAGGGACAGCAUAAUAUUCGCUUGUGUAAACAGUGGAACAAGUUUCUACGGUGGUUUUGUGAUAUUCUCGGUUCUUGGCUUCAUGGCUCAGAAGCAAGGGGUUGAAGUGAAGGACGUGGCAAAAGGGGGUAAGAAAAGACGGGUAGAGCCUGGGUAGAGCAAUUUUCAAACGAUUGUUUAAACCAACUCGAGAUUGUAUUAAAUUUACCUUUCAUCCCUAUGUAAUUAGUCCAGAAAACUCGCACCACUCUCGCAUACGUUUAUUAGUUCAUUAAGUUGUAUCUUCUCAAACUUUGUUUGAUAAGAUCUUAGUUUUUGCCUCAUUCAGAAGAUAUUGUUUAUUUCGCGAUAAAAUCUACCUGAUUUCCCGGGCUCUGUAAUAUACAUAUCAUACCCCCUUUUUGGCAGUUCACUAGCAAUCAAAUCCUCUUAAGGCCCUUGUCUACACUCUGUUGGUGGCGACUGAACUCCUCCUUUUCCCCUAAAAACCAUGAGAUCCCCUCCCAAAUCCUCCAAACCCCCCAUGAAAAAAAACUGUUUCUGGUCUCUAACUCAUCACAUCGCCUCCUCGCUAGGUCCAGGACUCGCAUUCAUCGCUUAUCCAGAGGCCGUUGCUCAGAUGCCUUUGGCCCCUCUAUGGUCGGUUCUGUUUUUCUUUAUGGUCUUCUUGCUGGGACUCGACAGCGAGGUAUUAGAGCGAAUUUGCAGUUUAUCAAACUUUAUUCUGGAUAUCUUGUGUGUUUUACAAGUAUGUGUAUUGACAUUGAAGAAAACACAAAGGCGCAUAUUAUGAUAAUGACCUCUAAUGUUUGUCUUAUUCCAAGUUUGUAGGCAUUGAGGGAUUUGUAACAGCCAUUGUGGACCUGUUCCCCAGACACUUAAGGCGUGGUUAUCGUAAAGAGAUGUUCAUCGCAUUUAUGUGCUGUAUCUGGUUUCUCAUUGGUCUGUCCAUGGUUACUAAGGUACCUUCAAAAGCAUAAAAGAAAAACGUAGAGAUCUUGUGUUAUAACCUCGUGGAACUAGAUUACAAGCAUGUCAUUAUUAUUAAGCCCUGCAGGACGCUUUUUUCUCCUCCUGCAAAAAGAUUUAGGUCGAGUCGACGGGAGGUUUAUCUCUGGGAUCGGUGCUGGGGAUCUGAGUGGCACUAAUAAUGAGACCUACACUCGGUGCACACUUCUUGCUGGUUUUCGUUUCUGAAAGCCUCUAGCAGGCGAAGAAACUCUCGCUUAAGCAAACCACGACGGCAGCAACGAGGAGGCAAAACAACAACACCGCAAAUUAUCAAAAUUUGCGUGACAAACUCUGACGGCAGAUCAUUUAUGUUUCCAUUUUUAACGCAACCAUGCGCACAUGCGUUAAGCGUAAGUUUGGGUGGCAACGUAAGUGAUGGUAAACACGUCCAGUCAUUCGUGAAAUUCUCACCACAAAUAAGAAUCAGUUUCCUAAAUUCACGUCUUCCUCUGCUUCCCCGUCCUGACUACUUAAGGUCCUUAAUGAGGGCCUCAACAAGCUCUUCGGAAAGUAACUCUACUUUUUAUAUCAAAUUCCUGGUUAAUGAAGCCCCGAUCAAAAGCCUCCACAGAGUUUUUACUUCAAUUAAAUUUCUUUCAUGAGAUUGAUAAUUUGCCAAAAAAACAAAAUAAUAAAAGAUCAUAGAACGUAAAAGUAAAUGAUUUUUUUCUGUAAAAGCGCUAACUUACGAAGUAUUUUUCUGCAGGAAUGGAUUGUGUUUUACGACCACAUUUCCGCUAGUUUUAAAGGGAUAUGUAUUUUUAUACAGUUACAUACAAUUAAAAAAAAAAAAAAGCAUAUGUCUCCAACAUGAAACAAAAAAAAAGUGCGAUUUGUUAACCAUGACACGACAACCGCAAUCGGCAAAAAUAGAUAUAAGCUCUGGUUUUACAUUUUUAACAGACGAGCAACGGAGAAAGCGUUAGGGAGCUUGAUCAUAUGAUAGAUUAUGUCUUAUUCACUUCUCUUCAUACCUUUGUGGAAUUGCAGCCCACGAUUUUCAUUAAAUGUUGAUGUUUUUCUUUAUUUCUCAGGGUGGGAUGUACGUCUUUCAACUAUUUGACAAUUACUCGGCCAGUGGCUCUGCUCUUUUGUGGAUCGCCUUGUUCCAAAGUAUUGCCAUUGGUUGGAUCUACGGUAAGAAGAUAAUAGUUGCAACCAGGAGUGGGGACGGAGGUUCUGUUUAUACGCCUAAAUUGACUAAAGUGGUCUUUAUUAAAACGUUUGGACACAGAAUAUGCUUUGACCAACCGUCUAAAGGAGUUUUAACCUCCAAUGAAAGUUACGAUAAAUUAGGAGACAGUGCGAUUCCACAGUCCACGUUUCCUUCGAUCACGUGCGAGUUUCCCAUUGUCUCAGUAUCUUGUAUGAACCGACCCAAUUUCAUUGGUUUUCCGAUAGGUGGUGAACGUUUCUAUGACGAUAUGGAGAAUAUGAUCGGAUUUCGUAUCAACCCGUGGCUCAGGUGGUGCUGGAUGAUAUUCACACCUAUUUUCUGUUUGGUAAGACAAAAUAUUUAUUUAUCAGUCUCAGAAUUGUUCUCAGUUUCAUUAAGAGACGUAAUAGAGAGGGGGAAAGGCAGUGACUUUAUUAGAUAAAUGUUAAUUUGCCGUUACGUUUAACACAAUGGCAUCUGGGUCAAGAGAGUCUGGCUUGAGCCUUGGCCAGAAUGAGUCACCUUAAGGAUAUCAUCUCUUUUGUCCACAGGGCGUCUUCAUUUUCAGUCUAGUGACGUACUCGCCUCUAGAAUACAACGGUUACAAGUACCCUGACUGGGGAGAAACCAUAGGCUGGAUCAUGGCUUUGUCUUCAAUCGUGUGCAUUCCAAUUGUGAUGAUAUACAAGUUGGCCACAACACCAGGCUCUCUAAGAGAAGUAACUACCACAUUAGUGUUCACUAACCUUUAAGGGGAGAAUGUGUUACUGAUACCAUGUUUGAGAAAAAAAAAUUCUCUAACCUCAAAUACGAUGCGCGAAUGAAAAACUAGUGAUUGAAACGUCGGCAGUUGAUUUUCAAGAGUUUUAGAUGAAAACGUUUCAAUUCAAACUAAGAUUCCUCAUUUUCCUUUGUACACACCCUAUUACAAUCAUAAAAUUAUGCGUCUGUAUAUUUUAUCUCCAAUGUAAGCAAGGCAUUGUGAAUAUGUCUUGCAUAUAUUGGAGGAACCUUAACGGUUGCAUUGGAAAGUAAUGUAAAGUAAUCACAAUAGUUCGACCGACUAUACUUGAAAGUUGCUGAGGUCAGGGCUCGGGCUUUGUUGCAGAGUCCAAACCGGUCAGAAUUCCAGCUCUGGCCAGUUACUGUAUUCAUUGACAAGACACUUGUGUCUCCAGCUCUCCUUAACCCAGAAUUAAUUAGCAAUUUUUAUGAUCAACUGUACGUUCCGACAGACGUAGUCUUGACUUACCGGUUGAGAUCCAAGUAUUUCGAUGACAUGACGAGUCUACUAAUAAUUUUACUCGCUAUACGUACACAUAGUCGCGAGUGAUGACAAAAAUCUUUACAUCGACUUCUCCUCACGGAAAAUAAGAAUCCUAUAGAAUUUGCGUCACUCCCAACCAAUGGCUUCCUUGCUCAGUUGGUACAUAGUGGUGACCAACAAUAAUCUGGGAGACACGGGUCCCUUCGGAGCCUGAAUAUUUUUAGGCUUAUCCUGCAAUGGCUAAAACUCCAACACUUCUGCGAGGAUCAUUUCUUUUCAUGACCUCUUACAUCAUCUAACUUAUUCAUGCAUUUCAUUCAUUUUCGUCAACAGCGUUGGGAUACCCUGACCACGCCCAGUCUAAAGAAUCAGUCACUAGAGGCCAAAAGGCACGAUUUCCCUCAGGCGUCUUACAAACUCCAAACCACGGCAUCGCUUUGAGGGCAUAUACGUAUGAUUUGGUUUUCCUCAGCUAUAAUGUGUUUAUUGGGACUUU